CUAUACCUUCGUUCUAGUAGCCAUGGCUGCUCAAUGUCGAAGUUUCUUCGAUGAUGUCAAAAAAGAAUUAGAAUGUUGCGUUUGCCAAGAACAAUUUGACGAGAACAACGAGCCCAAAAUACUCAAAUGUCUCCAUACUUUCUGUAAAUCAUGUCUGGAACGGUGGUUACGACAACAGGGUGGAAAGCAGUUGAGUUGUCCGACAUGCCGUCAAAUCACCGAAUGUCCCAACAACAACAUCAACAGCCUUCCAUCAAAUCUAUUUUACAAGCAGAUGGUGGGAAUUGUUGAGGCUUACCGCGGAAAGGGACGAGAAGACUCGCCACAGUGCGGAAACUGCGACCAACGAAGGUCCCUGAAGUUUUAUUGCUCGGAUUGCAAUUGCUUCCUCUGUGAAGAAUGCUCCAUGGCUCAUAAAAAAUUGAAAGUGCUUAGCGGCCAUCACGUCAAAGAAAUUGGAAAUUUUGUGUCUAGCGACGCACAAGAUUACGCUCGGAAACUGAACGUUUGUAAAGAACACAAAGAUCAAGUUAGAUUUUACUGCGAUCAGUGCGUAACAUGCAUUUGUCGUGACUGCGCCAUCUUGGAACACCGAGAUCACAACUUCGUGGCCAUUGACAAAGGACUGGACAAGAAGAGAUCAGAAAUCGAGGCCAAAAUGGGAGACGUUCUGGAAAAUGGCUCUAAACUACGAAAGGAAAAAGAAUUCCUAAAUGCACAAAGGCUGAGAAUGAGCAAAAGCAUCGAAAAAGCGAAAGACGAAGUGCAUCGAGUCGCUGAACGCAACAUAGCGUUAAUUCGACAGCACGAAUCAAGCGUCACGGAACAACUCAUCAGCCAAAAAGAUGUUUUUGAAGCUGAAUUUUCAAAUGCUGUAUUCCGAAUGGACGAAAGACUGACGGAAAUAGAGAGCGGUUUGGAAUUUUGCAACGACAUACUUCGACGAAAUAAUCUACCGGAGAUCUUAAACGUGGAAGAAAUACUUGAGCAACGGUUUAAGGAACUUUCUAAGCCUUCUGAUGCAAACAUGAAACCAAAUUGCUCCGAAGUCAAGUAUGUCUCAAAUGAUUUGUUCUCCUUGAAAGAAUCUCCAGGGAAAGUGAUGAUAACCAAAACUGUACCUUCGUUAUCAGAGGCAGAGGGUGCGGGACUCACCGAAGGAACUCAAGGCGAAGAUUGUGAGUUUACAGUCAUCACAAAAGACUCACAUGGUAGUAAAACUCACAGUGAAGUAGAUGAAAUCCUUGUUGACAUUACAUCACUGCAGAUGGGAACAGCCUUACAGGUCAACGUAACAGACUCAAACAAUGGCUACUACACAGUAUCAUACAAACCUGAAACUGCGGGAGAUUUCAACGUGUCUGUGCGCGUUGCAGAUGAACCUAUCAAAGGAAGUCCGUUCCAGUUAAAAGUGGAAAAAAAAAUACGAAAACUGAAAGGUAUUCGCUAAUAGAGUUAUUGUUCAUCGAUCGAUUGAUUGAUUGAAUGAUUGAUUAAUUCAUUAUCUCCCCUUUCACUCAUUUAUCUAAUUAUUUAUUUCUCAGUUUACUUAUUGACAUUAUUUUCACUCUGUUAUCUUUAGUUAGAAUGAUAACUGCACACAGAUUUGCGUAAAUUUGCAACUGCUUCAAUUACCCAAACUUCACUAACUCUGAUUUCUGAAGUGGCUACAUGCAUUUGAUGAUUUAUUCAGACUUUAAUCUGCCUCUUACAAAUUUCAGAUCACCAGCCGUUCGGCCUGAUCGAGGAGGGAAAAACCUGCCAAGUCUGCUUUUAUAAUGUAGUUCCACUUUUCCAGUUACAGUGUGGACACUACAAAUAUUGCAAGGGAUGUAAAGAGAAGCUACUCGGCGAAUAUGAUACCUUCUGCUAUAUUUGCAGACGAAAAGUUUUAUUCCUUGGAAAUCAACCGACUGGACAUAUGACCUGUAGGAGAGACUCAGGACCCUCUCUCCCAGGGUACGAAGCCUUUGAAACCAUAGUGCUUGGUUUUAACUUCGACAGAGGAAUCCAAGGUACGUUAAGUGACUAUGAAUGAUUUUCCUGGUGCUGAAGACAGGAUUUAACCUCUGUAGAACACGAUAGGCAAACCGCUUAACUCGAGCUAAUUUUUCAAAGCUAUUCAGCCAAAUUUUAUUUGCAAAGACAGACUAACAGUAUCAUGAUUCAUUAUAGCCGUUUAAUUUCUACAAAAUAUUAAGUACACUCAUGCCACCGUAAGAUUAUUGAAAAUAUUUUGAUUACCUGGUUGUUUCAUUAUAUUUUCAUUUAGUUGUUUAUAUAUCUAUUAAUCUAUUCAUUGAUUUUUCGUGUAUUCUUUUGCUAAGAAAAAGAAAUGGAGCUAAUUUGUUUAGCUGUAUGAAAUUUGUAUUGUAGGUGAAGAGCACCCAAAUCCUGGGGUUCCUUAUUUGGGUUUAUUCUGCUCAGCAUAUCUGCCAAGAAACCAAGAGGGACAAACAUUGUGUGAACUUCUGAGGAGAGCGUUUGACGCACAACUGUUAUUUACCAUCGGAGCAGACAACACCAUCCUGUUUAAUGACAUUGAACUGAAAACAAGUCGCAGUGGUGGCCCAUUUAAGUGAGUCUAAGUCUAAGAUGCCUUUGUUUGUUUCUUUAUAAACGAAUGUCGAUUGAUGACUCAACUCUGUUUCGUUAUUUGUCUGGUUACUUUAGAGAAGCGCAGAAGGAAACAAUUGAAAAAACCGAUUAUUUUUAUCUUCGAUACUUUUUGCUAGAUUUAAUCCAAUAUAUUUUUCCCUUGUCGAUUGAAUACUCUCAGUACAGCUGCUAUGUGGAGUGCCACCAUUUAGCACCAAUACUUCCUCUUCAUAGAGACUAGUCUGAAAAUCAAACUGCAAAGUAUAUGCAACAAAUCUGUUCGGUAGAUGAAAAUCAUCUGCUUUACUAAUAGUGCAUCCAGAGGUCAAAGACGGUCCUUUUUGUUUCCAUUUCUUUAGGUGCGGUUAUCCCGACUCAGGAUAUCUUGAUCGACUGAAGAAUCAGUUGGCAUUAAAGGGUGUAAAAUAAUGCAAGCCACUGAACUGAACAGGCCACUUCACGAAACUCCUCAUGAGAUCGGAGAGGGUAACUAGAAUGGAAAUAAGAAUGGUUCAAUCUGAGGAGAUCAAAACUGAUUUAGCGCCAGUCGCGAACUUUAAAUACGAUCAAGCGUUCAUGAUUCAGAUACAUCGAUUGUGACGUGGUUUUUUCUAAUGAUGCCUUUAGACAAAAUCAAUCGACUCUUCGUAUUUCUUACUAUUCUGCAUGCUAAAUAAUAGUUCUAUAAUGCUUCAACGAAAAUUUUGCAUUUGCUGGAGUAAGGAUAAGUUCUUCUGUAAAUAAUUAAACACGGCUUCAUUGCCAUUUUUAAAAAAAUGGCAAAAUAAUCAAAUAAUCGACCAGAGAACAUGAUCUCUAUAGUAGGAUUACAUGUCAUGCAAGGUCAAACCGAGAUUCAAAAAGUUGAAGCUAGAAUAAUAUUUGACGAUGAUUUUACAUACAUCGGUCAUGCAUGCAAUGUAUUUCAGUCCUUGCACUCAUAUCGUGUAGUUCAAUCUGGCUAAGAUUGGGGUGGCUCAUAAGAGUGAACUGAACUGGUACUUUGAUUACGUACAGCUACCCAUGCCAGAACUUUAUUACUAUGUAUUACCCAUAUAUCCUAUACAAACGCAAAUUAGCCUAUUGCAAGUAGAAUAAGAAAGAUUAUAAGUUUUGAGUUCGGUAAAGAAAUAGAGAAAGGUGUUUUAUCGUCUUGUCACGAGCAUGCGACAAAGAAAAACUCCUGAGUCCCCAUGGGGAAUCAGACCUUAGACCAUGGAUUCUGCGCUCUGAUGCUCUGCCACUUAGCCACAGAGACUCGAUGGUGAACAAGGCCCAUUACGAAGUUCAAAUAUGACACGUGUCCUGUAUACUGGUGGGACCAGCACUGGCUUUAGCGUCAUGUUUUGUAAGUAGAUUAAGAAAGAUGGGGGGACUCAGAAUUUUUUCUUUGUCACACUCGUGACAAGACAAAAAAAAAUAUCUUUCUCUAGUGUAGUCUUACAUACUAUUUCAAUAAAUCUAAUACAUAGCUUUCAUGGACUGCUGGAGUUAAUCCACUUUGUCUGCUAGCGCUGAAGGUAGUUACUAUUCCGUCACAAAAUUUUGAGUUUCCUUGCUACUUAGAAAGCCAUUCGUAUUAGUCAUACCCCACAUUCCUCAGUUGCUUAAAGGCCACGCGAAAAGUGGAAUUUUUUUAUUUGCAGUAUGCUCUCAUCAAAACUAUCAAAAAUUAUUGCAACUGUUUCACAUCUAGUGAUCUCCCUUGCCGUAAGUCUGAUUAAAAUAAGCAAGUUAUAAAGACGACAUCCUUCCAUAGAAAUCAGGAAGCGUGGAAACUGCGGUAAGAAAUGCGGGGAAAGUGUUUGGGAGGCUCAGCUGCCCGUAAAUAAAAUAAUUUCUGUGUUAAAUUCCGAGGGAAGAAACUAUAGAUUCUGAGUGGCAAAGGCCUGGAUCUUGGCCUCUUUAACAACUGAACGUUAUAUUGUCUAGUGUCUGCUCAGAUAUAGAUGACAGAUUACAUAAAAAUGUCCGUAGGACUCGGAAAAAGGUCGCAAACAGGUACGUCUGAGUUUCUUUGAGAAUAAAAAUUUGGGUUUAACUGUUCAUGAGUUCAUAGCAGGUACGAACGGACAUUUCGCACCCAAUGUUUACGUCCCUAUUCCAACUUUUGACGAUUUUCCGGUUUUCAAAACGCUCUUCAGCAAAUAACAAAUUGCAAUCCUUAGUUUGUAAAUUGAACAGUGCUUGAUCAAUCCAGAUUGAUCGAGAAACGUGUUUGUCGCCAGUUACUGAUGUAAAAUCCUUUUGAACUCAGAAUGCACACUCACAUGUUAACCUAUAUGCGACGUAUAGGAUUGAUUGACGUGCUCUCAACCGUGCGGUGGACACAGAACGUUCUGACUGUGUAUUGAUAGUGCCAAAGUCUGUUUUUAAAAAAAAAGGGACAUUUUUUCAUGCGUAAGCUCUGUGGAGGUUUCUGUAAAGUCAUUGGUGAGAACCAUGUGCGUCUUAUGGUCGGCGGACCCUAUUCUGAGGAAUGUAUUGCAUACAGUAUAAGAUCUAAGGAGACAAUCAGAAACACCUCCCGAGACAUGUGGGUAUUGCUGCCAAAUACGAAUUAGUCGAC